GACACUCAAAAAUCGGGGCGACCGUCUAGAUCUGAUACACAGGACAGAAGAGGCGCUCCGGUGAAGUUGCCCACUCUGGUCGGAGGCGAGUUUGUGCGCGCUCGGGAACAAUUUAAUAUACAGAAACUGGAUCAUACGUCCCUGCUGUUUGUCUGGAAGUAUCGGUGCUGAGAACUGAAAACCGCAGAAGCUGCACGAAAUGAAAUCUUUGACGAGUGGAGGAUUAUAGUUGAAAAGUCACUGCUACUGGCAGAGAAGAGGCAUCUUUUUUUGCGUUUCAAUUGGACCAUUGUCCUCAGGCAGCUGCUCUUUCAAUGUGGGAUACAGUUUUGGUGCUUUCGCCAGGCUGAAAUCCUCCAGGGUCAGGACCUCCCUCAUGGCAGCCUUGCUCCUCGGGCUGCUGCUUUUUGCAGUGCAGUCUCCUCCCAUCCCCUCCAGGCCGGUGGCUGACGAGGGGCCGCCCUCACCUCCCACCUCAUCGCCCGCAGACAAUGGGACCACCAGCCAUCCCAAUGGGACCCUCCAACAACUUCCGCAGAUUCUAAUUAUUGGCGUGAGAAAAGGUGGGACCAGGGCACUGAUUGAGAUGCUCAGUCUGCACAGUGCAGUUGCAGCGGCUCAGAACGAAGUGCACUUCUUUGACUGGGAGAGUCACUUUCAGAAGGGCUUGCCUUGGUAUCUCAGCCAGAUGCCCUACGCCCUCCCUGACCAGCUCACAGUAGAGAAGACCCCCGCCUACUUCACCUCCAGCAAAGUCCCCAAACGUAUCCAUCAGAUGAACCCUGACAUUAAGCUGCUGCUCAUCCUCAGAGACCCCACUGAGCGGGUGCUUUCGGACUACACCCAGGUCUUUUACAACCGUCUCCAGAAACACAAGUGCUACCAACCCAUCGAGUCUGUGCUGGUGAAGGACGGGGAGAUCAAUCUGGGAUACAAGGCUCUCAAUCGCAGCCUGUACUAUAUGCACAUGCAGAACUGGCUGCAGUACUUUCCACUGGAGAGCAUCCACGUUGUGGACGGGGAUGAACUGAUCAGGGACCCCUUACCUGAGAUGAAAAAGGUUGAGAGGUUCUUGAAGCUGGAGCCUCAGAUAAAUGCUUCAAAUUUUUACUUUAAUAAAACCAAGGGAUUCUACUGUUUGAGAGACCACGGGCGAGAGCGGUGUUUACACGAUUCAAAAGGCAGGGCUCACCCUCAAGUGGCCCCCGCCAUCCUGCAAAAACUCUACCAGUUCUUUCAUGAACCCAACAAGAAGUUCUUUGAGCUGGUGGGUCGAACAUUCAACUGGAAGUGAUUGUUUGAGUCUCAAUAGUUCGGCGUAGAGUUGCUUAAAGCAUCAGAGCCUACUUCAGUGGGGAUCAUCUCCAUGAGCUGUCCUGUUUUCCAUACUAACAAAGUAGAUAAAGAGACGAAGCUAAUGUAAAUUUAAACUAAAAAUCUAUUUUUGUACUAGUACAUUUGUAUUAUCGAGCCAAAUAUCAGGGCAGACUGCGGUUCAUGACAUGCUCUGUCAGUACAUGUCUUUUUAUUUCCAUUGUCUAAACAUAUGCAUUUUACUGUCAUUCUGUACUGUUAGAAACACUCAGCUGCUGUUCAGCUGGUCGUCUGAUCAAAGCAGACGACUUAUCAUGACACUGGUAAUGACAUUUGAAUUUUAGACUGUGCCAGUUAACGUGUUACAUAAGGAUAAGUACCCAGCAGUUUAAUAUUAUCACACCUUCAUGUUUCACUUCAUAUAAUAUGACACUAACGUUUAACUGUAUCUAGAGUUCUGAAGGACAUUUACCUGCUGCUAUAAUUUUCUCAGUCACUUUCAGGCACAAGUCGUACUGAAUAUGUUCCUUUUUGUUACUCAAAUGUUUCUUUAUGUUAGAGUCAGUUAGGUCUUAUAUAAAUGCUCCUGUGCAUAUAUAUAUACAUAUAUAUAUUGCAGAUCAUUACGGUGUACUGUAAAGUGUUUUUUUAAGUGAAGA